UUGCAGCAAGACCGCUUGUCGCAAUGGAUUUUAAAAACAAAGUAGUGAUUAUAACCGGAGCUAGUUCUGGCAUAGGAACAGCUACAGCGCUUAUGUUCGCUAACCAAUCAGCUAAAGUAGUUCUCGUUGGCCGAAAUGAAAAAGCAUUGCAAGAUGUUGCUAAAAAAUGUGAGACAUCUAAAGGAAUCAAGCCUUUGAUAGUUAAAGCUGAACUCAGUGUGGACGACGAUUUGAAAAAUAUCAUUGAUCAAACAAUAAACGUCUACGGACGUAUAGAUGUGCUGGUGAAUAAUGCAGGUGUUGGAGUUCAGGGCUCUAUCCGUGAUGGUAUUGAACCUUAUGAUCGUGUGAUGAGUACAAACGUCCGAGCCGUAUACUAUUUGACUAGCCUUGCUACUCCUUAUCUCGUUAAGACAAAAGGAAAUAUAGUUAAUGUUUCAAGCGUAGCCGCAUUCAAACCUAUAAGGGACAUGAACUUUUUGCCAUACUGUACAUCUAAGGCUGCUUUGGAUCAAAUCACUAAAUGCGUCGCCGCAGAACUUGGUCGGGAUGGUGUUAGAGUGAAUUCCGUUAAUCCUGGUGCAACCAGGACGCCAUUCGCGCAAGCCGCCGGUUUGACGCUAGAACAGCAGAAUGAAUUGUAUAAAGCUCGUGAACAAACUCUUCCCCUUGGUAAAAUGGCGGAAAGCGAAGAUGUUGCUGAUUUAAUUCUGUAUCUUGCAAGUGAUCGAGCAAAGAGCAUCACAGGUUCUAUUUAUGUCAUAGAUAACGGGGAAAUUUUACUGUAAGGAUUUUAUUCUUAUUUCAAUAUAUUAACUUUUUUUCAAUUUUUUCCUUACUGAAUAUAUAAUAAAAUUUAGAUACUUUAAUUUUUUUAUUACUAUUACUAAUUUUGUUGAUUAUUCAACUUGGUAUAAAGAUGUUUAUAGAUA